AUGGACACGACACCAGUCUUCCAGUCCAGCUUCUCCAUCCGCUCGCUGCUCUCCGUGGACAAAAAGGAGGACUCACCCACUUCUAAGCACAACUCCGGAAACAGCUCCAGCUCCAGCUCCAGCUCGAGCUCCAAUUCCAGCUCGGAUUCGAUGGCCGCCAAGAGCAAUGCGAAGCCGGCUUUCACCUACAGCGCCCUCAUUGUGAUGGCCAUCUGGAGCAGUUCCGAGAAGCGCCUGACCCUGAGCGGGAUCUGCAAGUGGAUCGCGGAGAACUUCCCGUACUAUCGCACCCGCAAGAGCGUCUGGCAGAACUCCAUCCGGCACAACCUGAGCCUCAAUCCGUUCUUCGUGCGGGUGCCGCGAGCCCUCGAUGAUCCUGGACGUGGCCACUACUGGGCCCUCGAUCCGUAUGCCGAGGAUCUGUCCAUCGGCGAGACAACGGGACGCCUGCGCCGCAGCAACUGGCCGCAGAAUCCGGUGCCGAGGCCCAAGGUCACCGGCCAUCCCUACCAGCGAGUGCCCUAUUAUGGGUACGGGAACGGCCAAUAUGUCAAGGCUCACAGCGCCUACUUCCCCAUUGUGGACCACCAGCACCACGCCGCCAUGGUGCAGCACUACCAGAGCAUGAUGCACAGAUACCAGAUGAUGCCACAUCCUCACCAUCACCAGCACCAGCAUCAGCAUCCCCAUACGCAUUCGCAUUCGCAUCCUCAUCUCAUCCAACAGUCGAAGCCCCUGCAUCCCCAGGAGCCAUUGCAUCAUCACCCGUAUCACCUGCACCAAGAGUGA